AUGGAGCAUUCCGUUGAGAAGCCCAACGAUAAGAUGAUCUGUCGGUUUGUCACGAUUGACAAGACACUUCAACGGAGCCUUCCCCUUCCCAUAGAUGGAGGCACGUCAUCCCCAGCCGAGGUCAAGACUGCUGUCAAAGCUGCUAUAGAGGCUGGUUAUCGUCUUAUUGAUACAGCUGCUAUUUACCAAAAUGAGGAGGCAAUCGGGGAGGCAAUCAAAGAGCUCAUUCAAGCUGGGAAAAUUACUCGAGACGAUCUUUUCAUCACAACAAAGCUGUGGGUAACGCGUUUGCAUCCGGAUGACGUCGAAGGUGCUCUACGUGAAUCCCUUGGCCGACUUCAAAUGAGCUAUGUGAAUCUCUACCUGAUACAUGCUCCGACCUGCUUCAAUAUUCUUUUACGUUAUGUAAUGAAUCGAAACAUUGCUGUCAUACCAAAAUCCGUUAAUCCAACUCGUAUCAUCGAAAAUUUCCAGGUGUUCGAUUUUACCCUGACAGACGAAGAUAUGCGGUUAUUAGAUGAAUCAGUAAAACAGCAUCGAAGGCUUUUCAUUAUUGAUUUCAUGGCUGGUCAUCCGGAAGAUCCCUUUGCUUCGGAACGAAAGCAGUGA